AGCGUUCCGCUCACUAGUAAACUCGACCCUCAUCUUAAAGAUCAGGCACCUCUUCCCCCUAGCAAUCAUUUAAAGGGUCAUCGCCACUAAAGGAAGGAGAUUUAAGUCGCAGAUACCUACUCUAUGCGCCACUAAGGAUUUCAUUCAACUACAAUCCUUUUUUUCUGAGGGAUACAACGAUUUAUUUUUCUCUCCAGUUUUGUUGGCUAAAUUGUGCCUAAAAGUGAUCUUUAAAUACAUUUUGAAAUGUUAGAGCGUCAGGACAGUGGGGUGAAGAUGCCAUCAGCUCAAAGAAUUUCUUUCUCUGUUCUUGACAUCCUCGAUCCGAACAAGUUCACCAGUAAAAAACAGAAAUGCUCUUCUUCGGAGGCUGCAAAUGUUUCACUGAAGUUUUCCAUGGAAGGCUCAAAACUGGGUUUGCAGACAAUGGAUCUUUGUAACGGGGACAGGGACCUGCAAGUGGAUUCGCCAAAUAGAGUUUCGGAUACUGAAUGUCUACCUAAGGAAAUACAUGAAACAUGUUUAGCCAAACAGGGAGAUGUGGUUAAUGGCUCUGAAGACAUCUCCCUGUUAACAGAAACAGCAAAAGAAUCUAGCCAACGGAAGGAAGAGUACGGUUAUGAAACUAAUUUUGCCACAGAAGAGAAGGAAUCAUUGAAACAAAAGAGGCGCAAGUCUGACCACGGAUGCUCCAAGCCCAGGCGGGCCAGGACAGCAUUCACCUAUGAACAGCUGGUGGCCCUAGAGAACAAAUUUCGCUCAACGCGCUAUUUAUCUGUAUGUGAACGCCUGAACCUUGCCCUUUCACUAAGCCUUACCGAAACUCAAGUCAAAAUCUGGUUUCAAAACCGCAGGACCAAGUGGAAGAAACAAAAUCCUGGUGCUGACAACACAAUUCAGUCUGGCAGUGGCUCUUCUGCAGGUAUUAGAGACAGUCCCACUCCUCCUGGUCCUAGUGGACUAAAUUUCCAAAGUUUUCCAGCCUUCACACCGGGAAAUAUGGUGUUUCAUAGUUCUAGCACACUUUCACUGCCAUCCACUGGAAGUCUACUCAAUCCCUUCUUGCAUUCUGGCUACUUACCACCUCCAUUUUAUUCACAACAUCUAUAGACUCCAAAAAAAUUUUGUAAACCAGAAGCAUUUUAGUUACAUUCAGGACUCAGUUUAUGUACUGUAUAUUGUGAACUUCUUGUCAUUUGAUAUACCUUUUUAUUUGUAUUCUGCAACAAAUGCAUGUACUUGAUGACACUAGUAUGCUUACAGUGAAGAGUUCAUAGAACUUUGCAAUUAGCAAGGCAAUCUCUUCUCCACUAAGCAUUUCUUUAUUAUGGUAGAAGAAUAAAAAACUUUCCAGUGCCAAGCUGCUAUAUCUGUAGAUAACCAAGACUGAGUAUUGUCAGUAGAUACCACAUACUGUACAGCAUCUCCUCUAUUUGGAAAUUAUAUGUGAAGUUGGUAGACCAUUUAUUUAUUUCUCACACAAAUACAUCACAUACGCCUGAAAUAUAGACGACAAAGGAGUCUAUGUCUGGUGUCUGCACAAAGAGGUGCUUCCAUGCCUGAAUAAAAACCCUUUCAACAUACUAUAUAAUAACUUUUUUUUCCAAAUUUGUAUAUGGAAACGCUACAAACAUUAACUGUAAGCAACUACUGAAGGACAAAGCAGCAAACUGAUUAUUAUUAUGCACUCACUUUUCCCAGACUGCAGUUCAGUAUACUGCACUGCCCAGGGUUU